UGCGUCCCGACACGUGGAUCCAAGAUGGCGGCGUCGGCGGCGAUGGAAAGGCUGAGGUACACACUGCUCCUGCUGUUGCUGCACAGUACAGACUCCUUCUAUGUACCUGGGGUGGCUCCUAUCAACUUCCACCGCAAUGACCCUGUAGAAAUUAAGGCUGUGAAGCUCACCAGCUCCCGAACCCAGCUCCCGUAUGAGUACUACUCCCUGCCCUUCUGCCAGCCCACCAAGAUAACAUACAAGGCUGAGAACCUGGGUGAGGUUCUUCGGGGGGACCGAAUUGUAAAUACCCCUUUCCAGGUCUCCAUGAACGUGGAGAAGAAAUGUGAAGUUCUGUGCAACUUCCCCAACAAACCAGUCACUCUGACAGUGGAGCAGAGCAAGCUGAUGGCCGAGCGGAUCAGGGAGGAUUACUAUGUCCAUCUCAUCGCUGAUAACCUCCCUGUGGCAACGCGGCUGGAGUUCUAUUCCAAUCGUGAGGAAGAGGAGAAGAAGAAGGAGAAGGAUGUGCAGUUUGAGCAUGGAUACAGGCUUGGCUUCAUGGAUGGUAACAAGUUCUACCUGCACAACCACCUCUCCUUCAUCCUUUACUACCACAGAGAGGAUGUGGAAGAGAACCAGGAGCACACCUACAGGGUUGUGCGCUUUGAAGUCAUUCCCCAAAGUAUUAAACUAGAAGACCUGAAGGCUGAUGAGAAGAGUAUGUGCACCCUGCCUGAAGCUACCGGCUCUGCCCCUCAGGAAAUAGAUCCCUCUAAGGAGAACCAGCUGCUCUUCACCUACUCUGUCCACUGGGAGGAAAGUGACAUCAAAUGGGCUUCCCGUUGGGACACAUACCUGACCAUGAGUGACGUGCAGAUCCACUGGUUUUCCAUCAUUAACUCCGUUGUGGUCGUCUUCUUCCUUUCAGGUAUCCUCAGCAUGAUCAUCAUCCGCACGCUCCGGAAGGACAUUGCCAACUACAACAAGGAAGAUGACAUUGAAGAUACGAUGGAGGAAUCUGGGUGGAAACUUGUCCAUGGAGAUGUCUUCAGGCCUCCGCAGUAUCCUAUGAUCCUCAGCUCUCUCCUGGGCUCUGGAAUUCAGCUCUUCUGUAUGAUCCUGAUUGUCAUCUUUGUUGCUAUGCUGGGGAUGCUGUCGCCCUCCAGCCGGGGUGCGCUGAUGACUACAGCCUGCUUCCUCUUCAUGUUCAUGGGGGUUUUUGGAGGGUUCUUUGCUGGCCGCUUAUACCGGACUCUGAAAGGACAUCGAUGGAAGAAGGGAGCUUUUUGUACAGCCACCCUGUAUCCCGGCGUCGUCUUUGGGAUCUGCUUCGUCCUGAACUGCUUCAUCUGGGGGAAGCACUCCUCUGGAGCGGUGCCUUUCCCGACCAUGGUGGCCUUGCUCUGCAUGUGGUUUGGCAUCUCCUUGCCCUUGGUCUACCUGGGUUACUACUUUGGGUUUCGCAAGCAGCCCUAUGACAACCCUGUGCGGACAAACCAGAUUCCCAGGCAGAUCCCGGAGCAGAGGUGGUACAUGAAUAAAUUCGUGGGGAUUCUCAUGGCUGGAAUUCUGCCGUUUGGAGCAAUGUUCAUUGAGUUGUUCUUCAUCUUCAGUGCAAUCUGGGAGAACCAGUUCUAUUACCUCUUCGGCUUUCUCUUCCUGGUGUUUAUAAUCCUGGUGGUAUCGUGCUCCCAGAUCAGCAUUGUCAUGGUGUACUUCCAGCUCUGUGCUGAGGAUUACCGCUGGUGGUGGAGAACCUUCCUGGUGUCUGGAGGCUCUGCCUUCUACGUGCUCAUCUAUGCGGUCUUCUACUUUGUGAACAAGCUGGAUAUUGUUGAGUUCAUCCCCUCCCUACUAUACUUUGGCUACACCGCCCUCAUGGUCCUGUCCUUCUGGCUCCUCACCGGCACCAUUGGCUUCUAUGCAGCCUACAUGUUUGUCCGGAAGAUCUACGCCGCAGUGAAAAUAGACUGAAGGUGCAGAGCCAGCAGGAAGCAGACACCUGAACGUGUGUCCUGGGAGCCAAGGGGACAUCUUCUCCCAGCUCUUUUAAGGAAACAAAAUCCCGUGGGAGAGUGACAAGAGAAAUAAAUAACUCCUCGUUUUUGGAAUGUAACUUUGGCACAGUGUACAUGGAUUCUGGGCUACUUCUGGGGGGAAGAGGGGUCUGUAGAUACCUUACAUUUUAACUUUAUUAUCCUGUUCCGUAUCUGAGGGAGUUUUUUAGCAGAGAAAUAUCCCUCUGUAUAAGCAAACCCCUUUUUUGCUAAUUCAUCCUUUUUUUUUAUGUUGAUGACGAAUGGAUCUGGGACAGCAAUGGAAACACUUGUGAAGCCGUUUUCUUCCAGCCCCAUGGGUGCUCUAGGAUUCAGGGAGACUCUUCAGACAAACACCAGACUGGCUUUCUUUCCUGCCUUUGUGUCUGCACAGAAGAGGGAGCUUGACUAUGGCAAAACCCAAGGAGCCUGCGGGCUCCAGAGCUGGGCCUUUGGCUUGUUUACAAUUCAGUGGAGGUGCCAUUUGGAGCCUGGGAAGUGCAAUUUCAGCCUGGGAGCACCUGGGAACUGCAGCCUUCAGCAUCACUUUCCCCUCCCUCCAGCCUGGGCCGGCACAGGCCACUUCGGAUGCUCCACUGCUGGGAUUCCCCUCGCUCUGCGCCGCAGCCACUGCAGCAGGAUGGAAGUGAUGUGGUUGUGCUGGUGCUGGAGGCCAGGACUGGGAGGAAGCACGAGGUAACUACAAGGGUUUGUCCUGUCCAUGGCUCUGCUCCGGGAGGUUUCCUUCCUGGGACCCCUGCAGAGCCUUGCAGAGCCACGGCUGUGCCGCUGCUGCCACAUCAGUGCCAAGCAAUGAUGCAGUAUUGGGCCUGAGGUGUGUGCAGGGACAGGGCCCCAGGAGCACUCCCAUGGCCAGGGGUGGGCUGGCUCCCUGCCUGCCCUUGCUGCUCCCUCCCUCCUUAGAUUCUCUACCUCCAGGGAACAGAAACGUGGGCUCCCCUCAGCUGUACUUUGUCCUCCACAAGCAGUGCAGGGCUCAGGAUGGUCGGUGUGGGCUCUCCUGCAGCUCCUCUCUUCCCCUGGCUCCGUGCCUCAACUGUUCCAUGGGAAGCUCUUUCUGAAAGAGGUGAAAGGUGGUUCCUGUUAUUUUGGUCAUGUAAAUGCUCUUUACCUGUGAAAGGUCCCAGGUUACACCAAGGCUCCCUCCAGCCCCGAGCAGCCGGUUCACUCCGCGCUGCAGGGGAGGUGUAGUGACAUCUAUGAGCAUCGUGCUCCUUGCUGUUGUGAGCAGCACGGUCUCCAACCAGCUGGGUGAUACCCAACCAGAGCAGUCCUGAGCCCCCUGUUCCCAGCACUGAUGUGCCCCAGUGAGGGCUCGGGGGCUUUUUGAACCCCAGUUGCCAGAAGGUUCCACCAGGUCCCCUCAGGGACCCGUUUCUCACUGCUGGGGAGCCAACUCCUUGGCACCGACCCCUCCAGCCCUUCCCUGAUGGCUUCUUUGGCCUCCAUCGUGCCAAAGGAUGAUCCACCAGGAAGCAAGGAUGGGAAGAAGGAGCAGGGGAUGCCUGAGCCAACUGUGCUGUGGAGUCUGUGUCGGUUCUGAUUUGAGAUCCCUCUAUAGCUUUUGGUUGAUUUUUCUUUCCCCCUCCUCUGCCCUGCCCCAGUGCAGGGGCUCUGCAAGCAGUGAUUUCAUUUCUCUCCCUUCCCCAAAGCCUUUUCUCUGUAUUCUUUGUAAUUUUUAAUUAAUGUAUGUAUUCUCUGUGUCCUAUUGUAAAUAAAUCGGCCAUUGUCCUGUU